ACCUUAUUUUCUAGAAAGAACUUGAUUUCCCCACAGUGUUCUCGUGCAUAGUGGUAAGAUUUAAUUUAAUUACACUUUUGUAAAACAUGAUAUCGAGUUUAUUUCAAUGUGUAGAUAUGAUUCAAUAUUUUCUAAAUUGAAUGAAAACUUGAAUGUAUUCGUUUAAUUGACGAAAAUAAUUUAAAUCGUGAAACGAAUUCAUUUUUUUUAUCUGGACACACCCCCGUUUCUGCCAGUAAGUGGUAUGAUCGGCAGUAUAAAAAGUGGGCGCGGCGUGGCCGACGGAAGCUCACAGGCGGUUUUAUCAGGACUGGCGUGAUUUCGCGACAUUGUUGUGCUCAGUAGUUUCUAAAAAUUGCUAAAAUGGAGUGGACCCCGAUGGAAAUCAACCCUGAGAUGCUGAACAAGAUUAUGAGCAAACUCGGCGUUGGUGACAGCUGGCGCUUUGUUGAUGUGCUGGGAUUGGAGGGCGAGCAACUUUCUGCUGUGCCAAAACCAUGCUGUGCCUUGAUGCUGCUCUUCCCACUCACACAACAGCAUGAAUCUUUCAGAGCCCAGCAGGCGGACAAGGUCGACGGUGGAUCUGAGGUUUAUUUCUUAAAGCAGAAAGCGGUCAACUCUUGUGGCACCAUUGCCCUGCUGCACGCUGUGGCCAACAAUAAAGACAAACUGGCGUUUGAUGGUGGAUCUGCCUUAAAGAAAUUUCUAGAAGAGACUGCAAACAUGUCUCCUGAUGACCGAGCCAAACAUCUGGAAGAGAACAAAGCAAUCUAUGACGCUCACAAUGAAGUUGCUAUGCAGGGACAAUGCCGGCCGGAGGCCGACAAGAUCAACUUCCACUUUAUUGCUUUCAUAAAUGCCAAUGGAAAUCUUUAUGAAUGUGGUAAGCAUGUGUUCAACUUUUUCAAAGAUGCAGCCAAAGUGUGCCGUGGAUUCAUGGAAAGGGAGAAAGAUGAAGUUCGCUUUUCUGCCGUGGCGCUCUGCCAGAAUUAAAUCUAUACAAACACAAAUUGUAAAGCGAUGUUCUUCAGGCUUCUUAUGGUAACACAAAGUGCCCCACUGAUCUAUGUAUGACAUGCAUUUGAAUUCAAUACACUAUAAAAAAACGUGGUUAUCUUUCUGAGCUCAGUGAACAGUCACAUACUUACUCUGCUGUUUUUUGUUUUUGUUCCGUCAAUAAAGACCCUCUUAGACUAUUGGAUUAAAAAAAUCCACAUUUUUGAGUAAACUUUUCCUGUUGCUUUAAUACCAAAGUGACAUUUGUGGGAUAAAUAAUCUUAAAGGAAAUGAGUCAAACUUGAGAAUGUGCUCAAUAGUGGCAUCUAGUUUUUGAAAUGUUUGAAAAGAUUUCAGCUUUUCAUGUAAACUGCACUUUGUCAGAAAGAUGAUUAUCUGGAGAUUUUUUUUUUUUCUCUAAAGAGCACUGCCAAAAAAUGCCAUAAAUGUACAAUUUGGGCUCUGUUCCUUCUCUUAUUCUGUAUUCUUUCACAUAUAGGCUGUGUUCAAACUGUUAGCCUCUGUGCACUUUACCAACUUCAUUCUAUGUUAUUGUUGAUUCACAUAGCUGCAAUGGAAUUCAAUAAAACGAGUGGAAACAUUUA